GGGCUGGGGAGAGGAAGAGCCCCCACUGCUUCCAGAGGAUACUUAGGAUGAAGACGGCUCUGCUCCUCCUCCUUGCCUUGGCUGGGGCCACUAGCCCAGCCUGGGCACUCCAAUGCCACGUGUGCAGCAGCAGCACUAACUGUAAGCAACCUCAGACCUGCCCAGCCAGCUCCAAGUAUUGCAAAACUGUCGCCACAGUGGACACUCUGACUGGGAACCUGGUGAAGAAAGACUGUGCAGACUCAUGCACUUCCAACCACAGCCAGCAGGGCCAGAUCAGCAGCGGUUCCUGGGUCACACAAUGCUGCCAGGGUGACCUGUGCAACGAGAAGCUGUACAGCGCUGCGCCUGCACGUGCCCUGUUCAGCAGUGCCACCCUGGGCCUGGCAAUGAGCCUGGGCCUCCUCGCUCUUGCCGUUCUUGGCCUGUAACACGCUGCUUGGCAUUUUCCUCGCCCCGUCCCAGGGACCCCACGGCUUCCUCCUUGGCCAUGAUGGAGGCACCAGAUGCUAAGACUGGGGGGCUGGGUCAUGGAGGGCACCAAGAGCUGAUGACAUACCACAGUGCCUGCCCCAGAACAGGAAGGUUUGGCCUGCUCCCCUCUGAUUUUGUACUCGCUCCAUUUAUUUUUCUACCUGAACCUCUA